CUUACCGAGACGUGUGUCAGAAGCGCGUGUGUGCCUCGCCGCAGCAGCCAGCAGAGGAAAUUGGCUGGUUGAAUGAUGAGGAAGGUAGUAAAAGCAAGAGAGAGAGAGAGAGAGAGGGGAGAGGGAAACAGACGAGGAACAGGACAAAGGAUGGCUGAGCCGGAGCUUAAAUCACGCGGCAGCCGCGACAGCGUUACCAAGGCGGUGAGCCAGGAGAAGAUGGGGGCCGAGGAGCCCCCUGGAGAGACGGGCCCCCCGUCCCCGUCGGACCCCAUGGUCCCGAGCCCCACCGCCGCCAACGGCGCCGCGGCCAGCGCCCCGGCGGCGGCGGCGGCGGCGGGGAAGAUCGAGCUGAGGCGAAGCAUCACCCUCGGCAACGGCAUCGGCAUGAUCAUCGGCACCAUCAUCGGCUCGGGCAUCUUCAUCACGCCCACGGGCGUGGUGAAGGAGGUGGGCUCGUCGGGCCUGUCGCUCAUCGUCUGGUCCGUCUGCGGCGUCAUCUCCACCAUCGGCGCGCUGUGCUACGCCGAGCUGGGCACCACCAUCACCAAGUCGGGCGGCGACUACACCUACAUCCUGGAGGUGUACGGCGAGCUGGCAGCCUUCCUCAAGCUGUGGGUGGAGAUGCUGAUCAUCCGGCCGUCGUCGCAGUACGUGGUGUCGCUGGUGUUCGCCACCUACCUGCUGAAGCCGCUCUACCCCAGCUGCCCCGUGCCCGACUCGGCCGCCAAGCUCCUGGCCUGCAUGUGUCUCACCACUCUGACGUUCGUCAACUGUCUCAGCGUGAAGGCGGCCACCAAGGUCCAGGACCUGUUCACCGUCUCCAAGCUGCUCGCCCUUGGCAUCAUCAUCAUCUUCGGCUUCAUCAAGAUUGGCACAGGGGACGUUCCCUACCUGACUCCGGAGUUCGCCUUCGAGGGCAGCAAGAUGGGCGUGGACAACAUCGUGCUGGCCCUCUACAGCGGUCUGUUCGCGUUCGGCGGCUGGAAUUACCUGAACUACGUGACCGAGGAGAUGAUCAACCCAGAGAGGAACCUCCCCCUGUCCAUCAUCAUCUCCAUGCCCAUCGUGACGGUGGUGUACGUGCUGACCAACAUGGCGUACUUCACCACCAUCUCGCCCAGUGAGAUGGUCCAGUCCGAGGCCGUGGCCGUGACCUUUGGGGAGUACCACCUGGGGGUGAUGGCCUGGCUCAUCCCCGUGUUCGUGGGGCUCUCCUGUUUCGGCGCCGUCAACGGGUCCCUGUUCACAUCCGCACGGCUGUUCUACGCCGGAGCUCGGGCGGGACAGCUUCCUGCCGCUCUGGGAUUGGUCCACACUGAGAAGUUCACCCCGGUUCCUUCCCUCGUCUUCACUUGUUUGCUGUCCAUGAUGUACGCCAUCUCCCAGGACAUCUUCACCGUCAUCAACCUCUUCAGCUUCUUCACCUGGCUGUGCGUUGGCAUGGCGAUCGGCGGGCUGAUCUGGCUACGCUUCACCAAGCCGGAGCUCAGACGACCCAUCAAGUUGUUUAUAGGCAUCCCCAUCUUGUUCGUCCUGAGCUGUGUCUUCAUGAUCGUGGUGUCCUUCUGGGCCGCGCCGUACGAGUGUCUGAUUGGCUGCUGCAUCAUCAUGACGGGCAUCCCCGCCUACCUACUGGGCUACAAGUGCAAGAAACCGCUGUCCAUCAAGAGGGUGCUGGACAUCUUCACUACCUUCUGUCAGAAGAUCUUCAUGUCGGUUCCUGAGGAGAGGGAAGCUUCCGACUGAAGGCCACGUUCUUCCUGGGACGGCUUCUGUGUGUUCCUUCCUUUGUGUGUCACCGUUGUCUUGACGUUCCAGAGUUUACAUCGACCCCUCCCGGCCACUGCUAUCGCUGUUUUCUAAAGAGCGAACCAUCCAACACGUUGCUCCUCCUCUAAGCCCUAAAUCGGUGUCAGAACCUGAAUCCUGCUGGACAUUUGGAUGUGAACAGCUUAACAGAUUUCAAAUCGGAUUAAAAACCAAUGCUCAGCAGGGUUAUCCUCGAUGCAAACUGCAUAGAGAGGGUUUAAGCUUUUAAAAAAAGCUGCACACAAAGUUUUGUGUUGGCAGCGGCUAGGCUAACACAGUAGCACAAGAGAACAAGAGAAAGCACAUAUUUGUAAUUAUUAAUUAUUAAUCAUCAACAUCUGACCCUGUUUACAGAGCCCAUUCAGUGAGGGGAUAUACCCAUUUCAUGACGUUCAUUCGUAUUAUUACUCUUUAAAUGAAAAGCUAAACAAAAUUAUGAGAAUCGGGGUCCCGUGUGAAACGGAGCACUAAUGAAAAGCCCCUUUGCUCAACGGGACCUGCCGUUUUAAUGUGUUGCCUUAUGACUGCAGAGUCUGGUGAUUGUACAUUGCUGGACCACUCCUAUCAUUUACUGUGCUCGUGAAUCACUGGACCAGUUAGAAAUUGUUGCUUCCAUGUUUGAUGUCAUUGACGUAAACGGAAGCAGAGGUUUUUGUAGUUGUAGUUGAUAACAUUCAACACUUUGACUCAUUGUGUAUAUGAAUGCCAUUUGAGUAGUGUGAGUGUUUAACAGUGGCUGUUGUUACAACUUUUCUUAUUCUAUUUUUUUAAUAUUUGUAAGCCCCAAAUUGACCAAUUCUGCCUCGUUUUAUUCCUUAUGAUAAUAUCAAGUACAAAGUAUGAAUGUUACAAAAAAACGUUUUGUAGGCUUUCAUAGAAAUAGGGUUAAACAGCUACACCAACAUAUAAACACAUCCACCCCAAUACUCGUGCUAAGCGCUUUAAAAGAUAGAAAAGGUUUUAAAUAACGGUCAGAGUUACGGCUCAACUGUUCCAGACAUGUUCGUCGGUUGAAGGCUGUGACGGAAAUAUCUGGAAUAGUGUUGUAAUGGUUUUAUUCAAAUUUCAGGUGAACGCAAGAUUGCUGUUGAGUAGACUGAGCCGAUCUGAGUAGUCGCACAAUACACAAGAGCACAAAGUCUGGAGACUGUAGGUACAAAGGGAUGCACUGCAAUGCAAGGCGCUGAGUGUCACGUUGAGAUCAGUUAUUUAUUGCCAGUGUUUCGGUAGAUAUUAGAGAUGAACAUUCCGGUGUAAUAUGAAAAGAUUUUUUUAUUCUUUUAUUUUGGGUUUUUUGUGGCUUGUUUGGGCCAAAUAUGUCACAAGCAACAUUGUCCAAAUGUGAAUAAUGGAUUAAUUUAUUGUUGUAUCAGUUAUAUCCUGCUUAUUGAAAUGUUAUUAUUCCAACAAAGAUGCACUGUUGUAUGUCACUGGCCGUUCCAUUAAAAUAUUUUUGUUCAAAGAU